CCUGCGGUCGCCGUGACAGCCAACGCAUUGUCUCACGGGGACCAGGACAUCAACAACGUAUACCAUUUGCUUGCUGGCUACGGCAGGAAUAUUAACAACAACUGUUUGACAAAAAUAUUUGAAAACCAUGGGCAACAGAGAUGAUGAAUACGAUUUCUUGUUCAAAGUGGUGCUGAUCGGAGACUCUGGCGUGGGGAAGAGUAACCUGCUGUCUCGUUUCACACGGAACGAGUUCAACCUGGAGAGCAAGAGCACCAUCGGGGUGGAGUUUGCCACGCGCAGCAUCCAGGUGGACGGCAAGACCAUCAAGGCCCAGAUCUGGGACACGGCCGGCCAGGAGCGCUACAGAGCCAUCACCUCCGCGUACUACCGAGGGGCUGUAGGGGCUCUGCUGGUGUAUGACAUCGCCAAGCAUCUGACCUAUGAGAACGUGGAGCGCUGGCUGAAGGAGCUGCGGGAUCACGCUGACAACAACAUCGUCAUCAUGCUGGUGGGCAACAAGAGUGACCUGCGUCACCUCAGGGCCGUGCCCACGGACGAGGCUCGCGCCUUCGCAGAGAAGAACACUCUGUCGUUCAUUGAAACUUCGGCCCUGGACUCCACCAAUGUAGAAGAGGCUUUCAAGAACAUUCUAACAGAAAUCUACCGGAUCGUAUCACAGAAGCAGAUAGCUGACAGAUCUGCACAUGACGAAUCACCAGGCAACAAUGUAGUGGACAUCAGUGUUCCCCCGACCACGGAUGGGCAGAAAGGCAACAAGCUGCAGUGCUGCCAAAACCUGUGACACUCACCAUU